AUGUCGAACAAGAUCCAUGAAAGGAGCAUUGAGAUGGAAGAGGAAGGCUCUAAAAAGGAGACUAAAAAGAUUCAAGAACUUCCGAAGGAGAUCAAGAAGAUUUUGAAGGAUAUAUGGAAAGUUGGAAAAGACGAUCCACGAAGAGUGAAACAUGCUUUAAAAGUAGGAGUUUCUUUAACACUUGUGUCCUUGUUGUAUCUCCUGGAACCUCUCUUCAAAGGCAUUGGAAAUAGUGCAAUAUGGGCAGUCAUGACCGUUGUCGUCGUUCUCGAGUUUUCUGCCGGUAACUAUAGCAUUUUUCUUUAUUAA